CUGCAAAAGUACUUCCGGGGUAAUGAAGGUUGGCUCCGGCAAGAUGGCUGCCCCCUUGGAGCUCAGUUGCUGGGGAGGAGGCUGGGGGCUCCCUUCGGUACACAGCGAGUCCCUGGUGGUGAUGGCUUAUGCCAAAUUUUCUGGUGCACCCUUGAAAGUCAAUGUCAUAGAUAACACCUGGAGAGGUUCAAGAGGAGAUGUACCAAUUUUGACAACUGAAGACAACAUAGUUUCUCAGCCAGCAAGAAUACUAAACUUUUUAAGAAAACAGAAAUAUAAUGCUGAUUAUGAACUCUCAGCAAAACAAGGGGCGGAUACAUUGGCUUACAUUGCUCUCCUUGAAGAGAAGCUUCUCCCAGCAGUGCUCCACACAUUCUGGGUUGAGAGUGAAAAUUAUUUUACUGUGACAAAGCCAUGGUUUGCUUCACGAAUUCCUUUUCCCUUGAGUUUGAUCCUGCCUGGGAGAAUGUCUAAAGGAGCACUGAACAGGAUUCUGCUGACCAGAGGGGAGCCUCCCCAUUACCACCUCUGUGAAGUGGAAGCACAGAUAUACAGAGAUGCCAAGGAGUGCCUAAAUCUUCUGUCAAACAGAUUGGGAACAUCUCAGUUUUUCUUUGGAGAUACACCUUCUACCUUGGAUGCCUAUGUUUUUGGUUUUCUUGCACCUCUUUAUAAAGUACGAUUUCCUAAAGUUCAGCUACAAGAACAUCUGAAACAGCUCUCCAACCUGUGUCGCUUUUGUGAUGACAUCCUAGACAGUUAUUUUAGGCUGAGUCUCGGAGGCAUUUCUCCAGCUGGACAAGAAAUGGUAGAUGCAAAUCUGCAGAAACUCACACAGCUUGUAAAUAAGGAAUCCAACUUGAUUGAAAAGAUGGAUGACAAUCUUCGCCAAAGCCCUCAGCUUCCUCCUCGGAAAUUGCCAACACUUAAGUUGACUCCAGCAGAAGAAGAAAGUAAUUCUUUACGACUGUCACCUUGACAGUUGUGAUGCUUUGUGGCCAAAGUCAUAUGAUUGUCGCAGUAAUCUUUUACACCAAGUGUGUGAAGGCAAAAGAAAACAGCAUGAAUAGGUAUAAGGAAGACUAAAACAAGAGGACCUUUCUAUGACAUCUUUUUAAAAAAAAAAAAGAAAGAAAGAAAAAAAAACUAAGAAGCUUGUAUUCUAGCUUGGCAAUGCAUUUUAAAUAACAUCAAAGUGAAUGCUAAAUGCACUUAAUGGGUGUGGGUGGGGGGAAGAAAACACAUUGUACUGUAUAUAAAAAACAAAGAAACAAACAAAAAACCUGCCUUAAUCUGGGCAGAUUUUUGCCUUUGGUUCACAUGUUACUGACCAGAAGCUGCAAUUCUGUUCUGAAUGUGCACUUGUAAUUUAUUCAAGUUAAUUUAUUCAGUUUAUUAACUUAGUUUUCUUAGACCAGUAUGAAUUCCUAAUAUGUGGCUCCUUGGCUGAGGCUCUUUUCUUCUGUUUAGAAAUCUGAUGCGUAGUUUAGGAACUACGAAAAAUACAAAUUAAAUUGCUUCAGUAGAUAAGCCUGUAUUUAACUUUAAAGAGUAAUGAGGAAUGUGGUUUUUAAUUAUGCUCUCCUACGUCCAAUUUUUGGGAGUUUAGUAUCACAUGCACACACACACACACACACACACACACACACACACACAUGUAUAUUCACUGUGGUUACCUAUAAUGUUCAUCUGAUACUCACUGCGCUUGAUGAGAUGCACUUCAGUGUCAUAUUACUGUUUGCUAAUGUGUUCAGUAUAGGUUAGCAAGGGCUCAUUUAGUUCACUGGGUGAGUGUGACAGCUUUAGACCUGUGUAUUUACAGUACAUGUUUAACUCGAGUUACUUUCUUUCUUAUCUGGAUUCCAGGAGAACGGAAUAUGGUGGUCAUCGUUAUUAUGCUAGGCUGUGAAUUCUUAUUGAAACUUGCCCAGUUGCUAGACACUACUCAGGAGGAGCCCAUGGCCAGAGUAAUAGAAGUACCUGCAGUGCAUCUGGUCUGAGUUCUCCAUGUGUGGCUCAGGCCAGUAUUCUUUCAUAAGAAACAUCACAUGGUCAAAAGCUUUCUAAUAGACAAUUAUUUUCCAUAUAUUUUAACUAUGGUUGAAAAAUCCAAAGGAAUAGUAAAAAAAUAGCAGAUUUUUAAGAAUAUUUUCUAUUUAUUAGUUGCCAAACUAUUAAUGGUUUUGCUGUGUGGUAAUUUCACUUAAAUAGAAAUUUGCUUAUUUUAGUGGCUGAGGUGCCUGUCUUGUCCUAAAACCACUUCUGGGUUUUUAAAAAUAUAGGACCAUGUUUUUGAUUAGUGUCUUAAAAGAUUACCAUGGUGCUCAGCAAGCCUUAUCAAGUCCUGCAGAAACUCAUGUGUUAAGAAUAGCUUUGUAGUCAAGAGACUCACCUAAUUUGAGCUGACUGGAGCUCAGCUAUGUUUGACCCACAUCCUCCCAACUUGUUCUGUAUUUAGGUAGCUAUUUAUGCAGGAGUCUUUAAGUCAUUGUAAAUAUUUGUUCUUGAAAGUUUUAACGAAAUUAGAAACAUGAUUAUCUUCAAAAUUGUGUUCACAUGUUUGGGAAAGUACCUAGUGUGUUUCAAAUUACUUCUACAACAGGUAUGUCUGUGCACAUGUGUGUGCACGUGCGUGUGUGUAUGUGUGUGUUGUUCAUCUUCAAAGGCAGGUUAUUAGAAUCCAGCAAUUUGAAAUCUGAGUAUUUUAUAUUGAAAAUCAUGACCAUGACACUUUAUUGUCCUCCAAAAUUGAUAUAUAUUGGGGAAGGAUAGUUAGCCCAUUAAUCAGGCAUCUUUUGUGAUGGUUAGUCAUUUUCAAUUAUGAUUUAUAUUAAAGUUUCCAAAAAGCAUUUGAAGUGGUUUACAAUUGUAAUGCACAUGUAAAACAGGAUGAUUAUAAUUAGUUUUCCCCCAACCUCGUUUUGAAAAAAUAAAGAAAUUUAUAGGAGAAGGAACUAUAUUAACACUAAUAUAUUCAAAGGUUGAAUGGUAAAUUUAACUCCCAAGUUUUUCUAUGGGCAUGGUCAAAAGAUAAUAGGGGAUUAUGUAAGUUUUUCUUUCAAUAAAACUACUGUCCACAAGGAAGAAACACAUAUGUUUAAGUUUUUAUACAAAUGUGGAAGGGAGAUCAUGUUCUUACUUCAGCCAAGAAGAUACUGUAAUGUUUCAUGUAUUGAAAAAUUUUUAAAAAGAUUUAUUUAUUUAUUUA